AUGAACAAGGUUCGGCAAAAGAGAGCAGGCUUGGCAGCGAAGGGAGAGGAGGGGGAGGGAGGGGAAGAGGGAGACAGUGAGGAGCGGCGGAACAAGGAGGUGGGGGGGGAGGCGAAGCGCAGGCGUAAGCAGGAGGGGCGCGCGGAGAGGCGCACGCGGCAGAAGGGGGCGGCGGAAGGGGCAGACGAGGCGGCGGGCUCUUUGGUAACCGCAGAAGCAAGGGACAGUGCUCGAGAGGGGUCGGAUGGGGAGGAGGCGAGGGCCGGCGAUGGCGAGGGGGAGGGAGGGGCGCUGGGGAAGGGCGCGGUGGAGGGGGGUGACUUUCUUCUCGCUGACGUGAUUGCUGCCGUCACACUGCGCCAGCACCCCAGGUCCGACGGGGCCAUAGUGAUCCAGGCGGGGGCGACGGCCCCAGAGGGCGAGGAGGAAGCGCGGGCCAUCAUGCGCGCCACGCUGAGCUUUCGGCUCAGGGUAAUGUUUAGGCGGCGGCAGCGGUCGGUGGCGGCUCUGGGGUUUGUGGACCCCAAGGCGCUCAAGGUGGCAGGGCAGUGGUGCGCCCACAAGCACCUCGUGGCCGAAGGUGCUGGCACGUAG